GAAAGCCUUCGACUCGCUGUCGUGGGAUGUAAUGUUUACCGUGCUCCGCCUGCAGGGCGUCCCAGAAAACAUCUGCAGAAUAAUCUACAACAUGUACGAACAAAACGCAAAAGUAACUAUACGACUAGGCGAAGGCAAACACGCCCCGACUUUCCGACAGCGGUCGGGAAUUCGACAGGGGUCAGCCCUCUCCCCACUCCUCUUCGCCAUAUGCGUGGACUGGGCUCUCGCACAGUUCAUUGCAACAAUGGUGGAAGAGCAGAAGUGGACACGGGAGCAGGCAGAGGCCCAGGCGUUGGCGUGGCUCGGCUACGUCGACGACCUGGUCGUGAAGGACAGCAACGCCAAAGACCUGGAGUUCGCACUCCAGGAGCUGUCUAGCGCGUGUCGCUUUAUCGGGUUGGAGUUGAACACCAAAAAGACGAAGGUCCUGGCGGUGAACCCAGAAGUGGAGGAAAGAAAAAACCCGAGCGCAAAAAUGGAGCGAUGCCAGCACGACGGAGACUGGGGGUGGGUGAUAGAAUGGAGCGGCAAGGACUGGAACAACCAGUGGAAAGAAGAAGCAGGGCGACUAAAGAUGGCAGGCCUGGGGGACCUGGCUCCCACCCACCUGGUGGUGUGGGACACGCCGUCAAGAGGGGUAACAGCAGUAACACUGAAACAGAGCGGCUGGGCACUAACAAACGAGGGAGAAAGCAUCAGGUUGAUGCGGCUAGGGCAGAUUCGGCAUGUCAUUGCCGAUAAAAACGCGCACGAAUGCCCGAAGUGCGGUGACAUCCUCCCGGAUGCCACCGCUCUUCACUUCCACACAGCCACCGGCUUUUGCAGACCUAACAAAACGAUGCAAGAACUGCGCACGCUGCGGAUCGGGCGGCAAGUAGAACAGAAGAACAAACAAGCACAAAAGCCCACAGCAGUGCAGGAGGGGAAACCGGUGCGCCACCUGGGCAAAGCCAUCGAACAGGUGGCAAGCUUCAAGUACCUCGGUACGGAGAUAGCCCUUGACGGAAGUACAGACGCAGAAACAACAAGACGCUGCGCGAUAGCUCUGGGGGUAGUGCAGCAGCUCUCGCCGAUAUGGCGGGACAAAACAAUCCCUCUUUACCUGAAGUCCGACCUGUUUCGAUCCCUGUCUCUAUCAGUCGCCAUGUAUAACUCGGAAUGCUGGGCGAUAUCUAGCGCGGCAGCGACGCAGCUGCGGCGCUACCAAGAUAGUGCGCUGCGGCAUGUGCUAGGCGGGCACUACAAAAACCAGGAGAAGAACCGCCUGCAGCUGUGCACCGAUCUCGGUGUGCAGCCCCUAGAAGUAGAAGUUGCGACCAGGCGUCUAGGUUGGGUCGCCCACACGUGUAGAGGUGACGAGGCGGAGGGUUCCGUCUCGCGCAUAGAGAAGGAACUUUUUUGCAAAUCGAUAUGGGGUCGCCAGCUAGAAGACGAUUUUUACAUGUUCGGGCUCACAAUGCAAACGUUAAAAGAAACGAAGCCAACAGCAGUAGCAUUACGAGCGACACUAGCAAAACGGAAACCGGUCAAGCCGAUAAAGAAGCAGAGAGGAGCAGUAGCGGGACGCCCAAAAACGGAAAAAAGAACAGCAAUGGAGGAGGAAAGACAGCGGAGAUUGGAACAACAACGACGUGAGACUGAUGAAGCAAACAAAAAAUUGUUAUCGCAAAUAAACGGGAAGGUGUGGGAGAAACAGUCCAGGUCUAAGUACAAUUUUUCUGUCUUGGCAGACAGUGGCGAGCGCAUAAGUUUCCGGGUAACAAGCUUCUUCUUCUGUGAAAUCGCCGGGAUGGAAGAAGCAACAGUACUGGGCCACACUUUCCAACAGAACAACGCAACGAAAGCCUGGACUGCAGCCAAUCCCAUCGUGUGA